GGGGCCGGCCCUUGUAAAGAGCAGCCAUGAGGCUUUGCGGCACAGUGUCCUCGCAGGCCAGCAGUGCUCAGGACAGCCCCCUCGCCUAGUGUGCCCAGGUCAAUGUCCUGCCUGUGCUCAUGAUGAAGAGGGACCUGGCUCUUGCGGGCACGCUGAUUGGCCUGGCCUUCCUGUUGCUGCUGCCAUCUGGAUGUCCUCAGCAGACGGUGGAUGACGCCUGCUCUGUGCAGAUUCUCGUCCCAGGCCUCAAAGGGGACGUGGGAGAGAAGGGAGACAAAGGCGCCCCGGGAAGGCCUGGAAGAGUCGGCCCUACGGGAGAAAAAGGAGACAUGGGGGACAAAGGACAGAAAGGCAGUGUGGGUCGCCAUGGAAAAAUCGGUCCCAUCGGUGCUAAAGGUCAAAAAGGAGAUUCUGGUGAUAUGGGACCCCCUGGCCCUAACGGAGAGCCAGGUAUCCCCUGUGAGUGCAGCCAGCUGAGAAAGGCCAUUGGAGAGAUGGACAACCAGGUCGCGCAGCUGACCACGGAGUUAAAAUUUAUAAAAAAUGCUGUCGCCGGUGUGCGGGAGACGGACAGCAAGAUCUACCUGCUGGUGAAGGAGGAGAAGCGGUACGCCGACGCCCAGCUGUCCUGCCAGGGCCGGGGCGGCACGCUGAGCAUGCCCAAGGACGAGGCCGCCAACGGCCUCAUGGCCGCCUACCUGGCCCAGGCGGGCCUGGCCCGCGUCUUCAUCGGCAUCAACGACCUGGAGAGAGAGGGGGCCUUCGUGUACUCGGACCGGUCCCCCAUGCAGACCUUCAACAAGUGGCGCAGCGGGGAGCCCAACAACGCCUAUGACGAGGAGGACUGCGUGGAGAUGGUGGCCUCGGGGGGCUGGAACGACGUGGCCUGCCACACCACCAUGUACUUCAUGUGCGAGUUCGACAAGGAGAACGUGUGAGCGCCCGCCAGGCCUGCCCGGUCCUGCUGCCCGGUCAGCAGGCAGUUCCCAUGGAUGGUGCCCCCAGCCAGCGUCCUCCGGUGUGGGAGGGACUCUUGGGACAGCAUGCUCCCCCCCCUCACCCCAGGAAUGCAGGGGCUCCUGGCUGUGGGGCAUCUGAACCUCAGAGAACGCAGUGAGCUGAACAGGAGAGCCGUGUCCUGGGGGCUCCCUGCUGUGCCGCAGAUCACACGUUCACUGUGGAGGGCGCUCAGAAGGCUCUCGCCUUGGUCCAAUAGUAAAGGCCGCCCUUCACUAUCACAGUAGGUAGGUGCCGGACGAGGGCGUGGGUCUGGAAUGACCUAGGCCUCUUCAUUCCUGUGUGGAAGGGAGCCCGCUUCCAGGGGCCCGGGUUUCCAUGGUUAGACUAAAAUGUAGGUCCCUUUGCACUUGUUAUCCAAGUAGAAGCCACUUGCUUUGCUUCAAACCCAGAUUUCAGGAAGAUAAGAAUAAAUUCUGAAGCUUUGCCAUGGC